GUCUCUAGAAUUAGUCCUUUUCUUUAGCCAUAAUUGUAAUUCCCCAUCCGUUUGUUGAAUGAUUUCCCUUCUUGGACAAUUUGUACCAUUGUAAUCCCCAAACUACCCGUCUCCACUUCCUUCUUCUACUCUCUCUCUCUCUCUCUAUAUAUAUCUAUAUAUAUCUAUACAUAUAUAUGCCAAUAUGUGUGAGCUCCCUCUGUUGCUAUCUGUCUUAGCGAGGGAGGGAUUCAAUACUCACACACGCAGUUUGUUUUGGAAGGCCAUUACCAUCAUCAACCAAUUCUAUUUAAUCGCUACGGUUGCAUAGCUAGUUUGCAGGACAGAAAAAAUGAAGGCGAGGAGGGUCCUGUUGUUUCUUCUUUACUUAAAUGUGGUUUGCUUUUCAGUGAUUGCUUUGGGUCCCACCGACCUGUCCUGCUGAUGUUGGUAGCAAAUGCAAUGGUAUUGAUUCAGGAAGCUAAUACAAAUUUAGAUGAGGUGGUAGCCCUUGCAAAAGAGCUUCAGGGGUCCAAGAUUCGUCCUUUGUGGGGCACAACUCAGUUGUUCUUGCAUCCUCACUACAUGCAUGAUGCUGCUACUAGAUACACUACUUAUUGAACCCAAACCUCUGGAACCCACUAAACAUCAGUAUGACUGGGAUGCUGCAACAUCAGCUACUUUCUUGCGAAAAUAUGGCCUAAUAGGAGAAUUUAAACUCACAUUGAGUGCAACCAUGCCACUCUGUCUGGUCACAGGAGAAUUUAAACUCACAUUGAGUGCAACCAUGCCACUCUGUCUGGUCACAGCUGUCAUCAUGAGCUUGAAACUGCAAGAAUCAAUGGUUUGCUGGGACAUAUUGAUGCAAACACUGGUGAUCCUCAGAUUGUUUUGAAAUAGAGCCUUUGUCAACACCACCGGUUGGGAUACAGAUCAGUUCCUAAUGGAUGUAGCAGAAGCAACCAUGGUUAUGCUCAGUGUUGUGAGAAAUGGAGGGUUAGCACCAGGCGGAUUCAAUUUUGAUGCCAAAAUGUUAGUUUCUUUCUUUUGUUUUAUGGUUUUCCUCUGCAUGCAUCGGCCAUGUGUGCAUAGAUUUCUGGAUUAGUUUUUUUUUUUGUUUUUUUGUUUUUUUUUUUUUUCAUGGGAAUACGUGCAUCAGGCUUGCUCUAAUGUUUUUGCACCAUCUGUUCUCUAGCAUAACAAUUUAACCACUGUCUCUUGUCAAAUUUAGCUACAAAAAUGCUAUAGUGACUCAAUUUCUUUUUGCAAAAGAUGAAUUUACCUUCAAUUUAUUUGUCGACUCGGUAAAUAAACAUUUUUCUUACAUGAGAGGGCAUAAAGUAAAAGCCUAAUAG